AUGUCCUCGGUACCACUCUACAACGCCCUGGUUCGAACACACCACAUCACCUCGCGCAGAAAGGUCGCCAAACUACGCGCUGCAGCUUCAAAUCACAAUGUCUAUGCCUUCCUGCGCUACGGAGGCUGCCCAGGUAUCAUGUACUGUCAAGGCUCGGAACCAGGAGUCCGGGACUGGCUAGGGGACGUCCAGAGAUUGCGCUACAAGGACUUUCAACUAGUAAAGAAACCUGCGGAGAAGCAGAUCGAGGCUCAGGCAAACGAUCGCAGCGUGCCUUAUGGCAAGCUGGAAGAGACGGACACCGUCAAGGAGUUUGGGGCGCAGAUGGAGAGUUUCGGCGUAUGGAGCUGGUGGAGGGUUGGUAUGGGCUAUCAAAAAGACAAAUCUCAGCCCUGA